UUAUCAAACAGACAUAGUAAUUCAAUUCACGUUGAAUUGUUAACAAGCAUGGCUUCACAAUGCGUUUAUACCAUGGAGGACGUUUUAGAGAAGAUUAUCAAGAUAGGGACAAAGGUUGAGGAGAUAGAGAAAAGACUGAAUGCAAUAGAGGCUCAACAGACUGGAAAUUGUCCAAUCGUCAAAACUCCGAAGGUUGCCUUUAGAACCCAGCUGAGCUCUAAUCUCGGGACUGUAGCAUCUGGUUCCACAGUAAAGUUUGAUCAGGUUGACCUUAACCUUGGCAAUGCAUAUAAUGACGGCGUCUUUACCGCACCUUAUAACGGCGCGUAUAUAUUUUCGAUGGUACUUGGAAACCCUGCGGGAAAGCCUGGAGCCUACUUCAUGAAGAAAAACGGCGUUGGAAUCAUGUAUGCUUUUGCUGGGCACACGACUGGAUGGAAUAUCGGCGGUGUCACCACAGUUGCUGAACUCGUUACCGGUGACCGAGUGUGGGUUGAAGGUGAAGGACAUGUGUCUGGCGCUUAUCCCACAGCCAGAUACCACACUGGGUUCUCUGGCAUUCUUGUAAAUGCAUACUGAACGGAAGCAAUGAAGCUAAAGAAAAACAACUGACUUGUAGAAUCAUUAAAUAGCAUCACUCCGCCGUCCUUGAGACAUUGCAUUCGUUCAUCUGUCACAAAUGUAAGGAACCCAGGAAAAAUGGGAAUAAAAUCAAAUUUUUGUUAUAAAGCUGUUCAUAUAAAAUUCCACAGAUUUCUAUGUUAGACGCGUCCUAAAAAAUGUGUAUACACCAAUAUGUGUAAGUGCAUUUGUAAACAAUUAAUAUCUCAACCAUACCUUUUGUUAUUGUCAAUGCUUUUUUUAUUGCUUUAUAAGGAGAAUGAUUAAUAUUAUUAAUAUUAUGGUGUUGUAUUUUAUAUAAGCCAGUGUUUACAUUAAAAUUACCUUUUUCCAUUU